AUACCGUGCCAGGCUUGCAAAUGGCAGAUCUCCUACAGCCUGGCGUCACGGACUCUUUUGUGAAAGUUUAUAGUGAUUUCUAGGUGAGUAUAAUAAUGCGAUAGGGAUUGUAUAUCAGUUGGGUUACACAGUGAGGGAGGAUGGAAUGAGUAACUGGUUAAAAGAUUUGCAAAUAUAAACUGUGGUUUAUUAACAUUUCCUCUGCCAUACAGUGUUAUAACAUGUGCCCAGUGUCAAUAAUAAAUGUCAAAACUUUACAGGUGAAGAUGGCGGAGUGCCCAGACAUUGCAGGCUGUGAGGAGGGAGGUCUACGUCUCGUAUUACAGGCCCUCAGCUCGGGGCCACAGGGUACCCUAGCUGCCCUCAGGGCCAUGCAGAGAGUCCCUGGACCAAUCCCAUGGAAAAACAUGACAGACAGGCUGUGUAUGGAGGUGCCCAUUCUUGGACCAAAUGGGGAUCUGAUUAUGUAAGAAUUUAUUAGACAAACAUGAUUUAUCUGUCCAAGUGGAAGUCACAUAUUAAUUGCAUUGGUCACUAAUUACUGACAGGCUGGAAGCAAACCCAGUUGUGAGUGCAUUAAAUAGAUAAUGCAUGAAAAAAUAUAUUAUUACAAUUAAAAAAAAAAAAAUACAUAUUUUCCCCUUUGAUUCUUAGAGCUGUUUCACUGGCACAGGCAAGUGCUCCGUCAGUCAGGAGCUUUUCCUUUUGGUCUUUACAAUCUGAAACCAACACUUGUUAUUCAGUUAUUGCUGUCCAGUUUUGACACACAUACACUUGAUGAUAAUACAGAGGUUAUUAAAGGGACACUAGUCACCCAGACCACUUCAACUCAAUGAAGUGGUCUGGGUUUCAGGUCCCCCAGGUUUUAACCCUUCAGAUGUAAAAAUAGCAGUUUCUGAGAAACUGCUAUUUGCAGGGUUACUCCAGCCUCUAGUGGCUGUCUUCAUGACAGCCGCUAGAGGCGCUUCUGCGACGCUGGAAAUCGCAUUCAGCGUGCAGAACGUCCAUAGACAGUAAAUAUUGAUACUGACAGCUCAAAGACUAGUAUGCUCAGUAUCAGACAUUUACCGUCAUUUCCCAACAUGGGAGUGACAACAAGAUGGGAAUUGUUAGCAGCACACAUGGCAUUAGAAUCAUUGUUUGUACUUUAAAGGGACUCUCCAGUGCCAGGAAAACAAACCGUUUUCUUGGCAUUGCAGGUCCCCUCUCCCUCCCACCCCCCAUCCCAAGUUGCUGAAGGGGGUUUAACCCCUUAAGGACACAUGACAUGUGUGACAUGUCAUGAUUCCCUUUUAUUCCAGAAGUUUGGUCCUUAAGGGGUUAAACCCCUUCAGUGACUUACCUGUAUCCAGCGCCGAUGUACCUCGGCGCUGGGUCAGGGUCCGCCCACGCUCAUCCUCCUCCACCAACGUCAUCCGGCAGAAGUGGUCUGGGCGCCUGGAGUGUCCCUUUAAGUAAAAUCUAUACCUAGAUAAUAGAGGCUAGUAAACUGUCCUUCUCCCUUUAUUGUCCUUACUGCCCACUAAAAAAAAGUUAUCUCACAGUGGCCAAAGCUUAAUACGUUGUUUUGUGUGCUCCAAUCUCCACUUGUACCCUGUCAUUCAUAUCCAGAUUUUCUCACUUUUUCCAUGCUAAAUUAGAAGUUACACAUUUAUGUAAGGUAUAAAUGGAAAUCCCUAAGUGGUCUGUGACAUAAAUAAAUAAGUUUAUAAUACGUGUUUGUGUAAAAGUAGCUCUUAUCCUCAAGGUACAAAAUAGCCCCCAUUUGUACCUCAGUUGUUAUUCUUAAUAUACAUUUUUGAUUGUUACUUUUUCUACUUAGGAAACCAUCACUGCUUCUCCUUCCAAAACAGUCUCAAAGGAAUCUCUUCAGCUUUUUGAAUGUUGCAGCUCACCUGGUCCCAUCCUCAUGCCUUCGUUCUUUGGCUGAGGCCAUUCUUUUAAACAAAAAUUCUUCAGAUGAAUGGCUACAAUAUCUCAGCGGAUGCCUUCUUAGAGACAAAGAAAUGCAGAUUUCUACUUCUAGUCCACAGGUGGCAGAACAAUUGCAGUUCCUUUGCAAAGGAUUAUGUCAGAAUAGAGAUCAGUACUCAAAACUUGGAUGGUUCAAACAAAACUUUACAUCUAGUCGUCACAAGAGAAAAGUGCAUUGUAUCGAAGAUUCAUUCCUGGACGGAGAUGACAGGCCCCAUAACAAGAAGGUCUGCACAGAGGAGCUGUGUGUAACUUUGUCAAACCCCUACAUUUCACAGGAAGAACAGAAAGUAGUCACGGAAGAACCUGAGAUGGAAAGACAGGAGCUACCUGAAUAUGUGAAGGUAGUCUCUUUUAUAUUUUAUAUUCCUUAUUGUUACUCUUUCCACUGUCACCUUGUUGUCAUGGCAUUUCCUCCCAAGUGUUCCUAUUUAGGAGGGACAAUACCUCUUUUGGAACCCAAAUCCUUAAAUCCCUAUUUUCUGUCCUAAUGUCCCUCUUUUCUAGGAGCUUCACAUUAUUGUUGUGUCUGAGUUUAUAACAGUUGUGUGUCUUUAAACUACACUACAUGUGUUUUAUAAAUCAGUUUGUGUAAAUAAGAUGCGCUCCUGUUUUAACUAACAUUUUAACAAAAACAGAGAAUGUGAGAACAAGCAAAAGCUUAGAGAGAGAGCUCAGGUCUCUAAAUUAUUUUUACUUAUUUGUGCCAUUACAAAGAGAACCUAUACCAUUUGCAUAUCAGACUGAUAAGGGCAGUCCAGAACCAAAAUGCAGGCAGGAACUCUCUGCACAAGAGAUACAGUAACCCUGGACGAUUGUUUCAACCUUCUUUGGGGUUGCUGUAUCUCUUGUGCAGAGAGUCUGCCUGCAUUUUGGAUCGGGGGAGGGGGGGUGGUGGGAUGCUCACCCAUAGUCUCUCUAUCUGCGUGCCCCCCAUGUGUGUGGUAUGUGUGAUGGCUUUGUUUAAUGUUUUGUGCGUGGUAUCUGUUGGCUUAUUGUAAUGUGUGGGGUGUGUGCUUGUAAUGUGUGUGUUGGCUCUGUGUGCAGGCUGUGUAUAAUGUUGCAGUGUUCUAAUCCUUGGUGAACUAGUGUGGGGUUAAAUGUUGCUUGGUAGUCCAGUAGGGAGGAAGUUAAAAUUUCUCUCAAAUAUUGUUCACAAAUCAGUCUAAAUCUGUGUUAGUGAGCACUUCUCCUUUGCCGAGAUAAUCCAUCCACCUCACAGGUGUGGCAUAUCAAGAUGCUGAUUAUAUUGCACAGGUGUGCCUUAGGCUGGCCACAAUAAAAGGCCACUCUAAAAUGUGUAGUUUUACUGUAUUGGGAGGGUCCGAAAACCAGUCAGGAUCUGGUGUGACCACUAUUUGCCUCACGCAACACAACUCCUUUGCAUAGAGUUGAUCAGGUUGUUGAUUUUGGCCUGUGGAAUGUUGGUCCACUCCUCUUCAAUGGCUGUGCGAAGUUGCUGGAUAUUGGCAAGACCUGGGACACGUUGUUGUAUACGCCGAUCCAGAGCAUCCCAAACAUGCUCAAUGGGUGACAUGUCCUGUGAGUAUGCUGGCCAUGCAAGAACUGUGAUGUUUUCUGUUUCCAGGAAUUGUGUACAGAUCCUUGCAACAUGGGGCCGUGCAUUAUCAUGCUGCAACAUGAGGUGAUGGUCGUGGAUGAAUGGCACAACAAUGGGCCUCAGGAUCUCGUCACGUUAUCUCUGUGCAUUCAAAAUGCCAUCGAUAAAAUGCACCUGUGUUCGUUGUCCAUAACAUACACCUGCCCAUACCAUAACCCCACCGCCAACAUGGGCCACUCAAUCCACAACAUUGACAUCAGCAAACCACUCACCUACACAACGCCAUACACGCUGUCUACCAUCUACAGUUAAACCUCUCCAAAGUGCCAGACGCCAUCAAAUGUGAGCAUUUGCUAACUCAAGUCGGUCACAACGACGAACUACAGUCAGGCCGAGGCCGCGAUGAGGACGAUGAGCACACAGGUGAGCUUCCCUGAGACGGUUUCUGACAGUUUGUGCAGAAAUUCUUUGGUUAUGCAAACCGAUUGUUGCAGCAGCUGUCCAGGUGGCUGGCCUCAGACGAUCUUGGAGGUGAAGAUGCUGGAUGUGGAGGUCCUGGGCUGGUGUGGCUACACGUGGUCUGCGGUUGUGAGGCUGGUUGGAUGUACUGGCAAAUUCUCUGAAACGCCCUUGGAGACGACUUAUGGUAAAGAAAUUAACAUUCAAUUCACGGGCAACAGCUGUGGUGGACAUUCCUGCAGUCAGCAUGCCAAUUGCACGCUCCCUCAAAACUUGUGACAUAUGUGGCAUUGUGCUGUGUCAUAAAACUGCACAUUUUGGUUUAUAAUUUUGUUCAGUGUAGUUUACCUUUAUGCAGGCAGUAGUAUUUUAAACAUGUACCUAGCUUGUCCUAGAUUAUUUUUAACAAAUAUUUGUAAAAUGUUCGACAUGCUAUCAGUAGGGGUCAAGUCCUGGGGAAUAAAGUGUGGGAACUCACCCAAGAUUACCCCACCCUCACCCCCAAAAAUAAUAUACACUCGUAUGCAUAUAUAAACGCGUACACUCAGACACACACACACACACAGUCACAUACACUCACAGAAACACACAAAUUAUAAUUUUUUUAAAAUUAAAAAAUGUCCUCCCUACCUGGAGAGCUGGGGUCCAGUGGGGCUUCAGUGCGGCAGGCGCCUCUCUCCCUGUCAGAGUUCUCUCUGCUCCCUCUCACCGCGCGGGCUGCCUGCUGAUGCUGAGAGCCGGAAUAUGACGUCAUAUUCUGGCUCCCGGCAUCAGCAAACGGCGCGUAAUCAGGCCACCUCUUGGGCCCCCCCAUGACAGUGGAAACACAGUGGGGAAUUGGGGGUGGCAUUUUUUGCCGCCCCUUGAGUGCCUGCAGGAGCAACAGGAACGGCAUUCCUGCUGUGAAAAAGUGCAGGAACGCCGUUCCCAUGCGUUCCUGCAGGACUCGAGCCCUGGCUAUCAGAUUUGAAGAAUUUUUCAAACUGAGCUUUUCCUGCCUCAGUUUAACAACCUUGCUGUUAAUUCACAGUUUAAAUGUUUUGUACUUCUUAAAAUGUUAAGCUGCAUUUUUUUAACUUUACACUCCUUGUUUACAUAUUUUCAGUGUAUUAUAUCCAACUCUAAAAAGACCAAUCCACUAACACAUGUUACCUUAUUCUUUAAGGCUCAAAUACCAAAACUGAAGGAAAUUCUACAUGGAGAUUUGGACACUGAGGUAAAAGUGUAGAGCAUAAAAAUACAGUUGCAUUUUCAGUUCAAUUUGGGGAAAUCACUUAAAACAUUUGUUGUGUUGAACUAUUUCCAUUGCUUUUAUUUUAUUUGUUCAUUGCAAAAAGCUGAAAAUUUGUACAUUUAUACAAUAAACCUGAUUUUCAAUGGUGGUUGAAUCAUUUUGAUUACAACAGUACAUUGGAAAUGGAUCAACCAUUUGACUUUGAUUUAUUUUUCUUUUUUUCUUCUUUUCUUUUAAUUACAGUCAUUGAAUGAUUCAUUCCAAGCAGAUCUGAAGGACCUUUGUGAGUCAUGCAGUCCAGAACAGGUGUAAAUACUUGCUGUUGUAAAUCUUUUUCUUUUUAUCUCCAUUUUUUUUACAUGUUUUAUUUCUCAUUAAGUUUAAAUAGUUUUUAAUUUCCCGUUCUAAUUUUUAUUUUGGCAGCUGCAAAGCAUCUUCUCCCAGUUGAGCAUCUCACAGAUCUCUCCACAAUCUCUCCUCAAGCUCUGUUGCAUUCUGCAUUCUAUCACUCCAGACCUCAGUUAUGCACACUCAUCUGCAUUGGCCAGAAGUCUUUUCCUGGAACAGGUAAAUUACUCAAACACAGAUUUAAUUGGCCUUGAUAGUCUGCUGAUUCCCAUAUCUAUUUAGCCAUAUUUUGGGUCAUUUUAGAGCUAUAAUUUUUAUAUUAGACAAUGGGUGUGGUUUAUGUUUAAUUUUUCAGCUGAAUUGAGAACAUCCUUGCUCUUAUAUCAUGUGGAUUAAAGGGGCACUCCUCCUUAAUGUCCCUAAUGCCUGAAAUACUUCCUUGUCAAAUGUAUGCACACAAUCUCAGUCCCAAGAGCACUGAGUGAGCUGCUUUUAAUUCACAACCUGGCUGCAGGCAGUCAGGGAAACUAUAAACAGUUAGUGGUGUCCUUAGUAUAUGUGUCUCUCUGUGUUCUUUCUUUCUAACACAGCUUGCUUUGUUGUUCUGAUUAUUUAGUACUGUCAGAGUUGUGUGCAUACAUUUGAUAAUUAAGUCUUUUUCUGCAGGGAGGUGCAGCUGAAAAGGCUAAAUGGUGCAGCAUUCUGCCAAACUCAUUUUUUUAUGCAAAAACUAGAAGGAUUUAUGUGCAUAUAAACAAUACAGCCAAAACCUAUCAAAUCUAUUAAAGUUGUAUUGGUACCAAGAGUGUUCCUUUUUAAUGUUUCAAUACAACAGUUUUCUUCUGGUGACAGUCUAUAAGGUGGAAUCACAUUUUUAAAUAUUUGCUGCACUUACUGUUCUCAGUUUUUCAAUUUAACUACAUAAACCUUGUAUCCUACAUUUUUGUACUCUAAUUUUGUCUUUUUAUUUUUAUACUCUUAGGCUCUCUCUCUUACUGCUCCUGCUCCUAGACCCAUCCUUGCUGCACUCUCAAUGUUCUGUAUGAAGUAUGCUCAAGCAGCAUGCUGCAUACUUAUUGGCCCACUAGUCUUACAGGCUGACACAGGUACUAAGCAUUCCAAUUAUACUUGCUUGCUACAGUAAUUUUUCUUGUUUUUAAUAACUCUUUGAUUCUUUUUUAAAAAUCUGAUUCAUCCAUUUCAUAAACUUCCUUUUAGCUCUUAACAAUAAUCUUUGGCAAAGAAAAGGUGAAAAUGAGUAAGACAAGCAAAAGAAUAAAUGUUAAUACUGUUCAUAAAGCAAAUUAUUUCAUUUUAAUCUGAAAGAGGGUGAUUUUUUUUUUGUUCUGUUUAAAGAAGACUCAGAAAGAGCUGUGCACCUAAUACAGAAUAUUAAAGGCCUUUCCAUGGCCUUUCAUUAUAAUUUGCUCUUUGCAGAAUGAGUGAAUCACAGUGGGCAGGGUAAAGGGCAUUGAUUUCUCAAGGAGCUUAAAAGUGGCAUUGCGUCUCAUAAUUUAGAGGACUUAUGAUAAAAUAUUUACAUUUUAGAAAGUCAGGUUUGAUCACUGCUUUGGGGCUGCUUUUCACAGAUUGUGAGACGUACAGGGUUAUUUGCCAUAGUUAGAAUUCUCAGUGAAUUUUAAAAUGAAAGUGAAAAUAGGUAAACUGCAAAAAUUCUUCAAGAUAACUAUACAUUGAGUUAGGCUACUCCAGCCCCAAAUUUGCUAUUUUCUUUGAAUUCAAACUGUUAGUCUAUGGUAAAUGACCUUACAAGGGAGCCUCCAAAGUAAUCAUUUAAAGUGGAGUGUUCCUUUAAUAUGUGUAAAAUGUUUUAUAGCCUUAAACUAAUGAACAAUUAUUGAAAUAUCUUCCCCAUUGUUUCUGCGACUACUGUAGGCUCGGUGCAUACGGAUUUUCUGGGUAGAAUGGUUUCUGAGUGCCUUCCGGUAGAACACUUGCCUCAAUGUUUUGGGUAAGUGAGUGAUAGUAUUUAUUUAUUUUUUCAACAGUCACAGGUUUACUCACUAAAGUGAGAUUGCUGGAAAUUUCUAGUGAAUAUGGCCAAAACAGCCAAACUGAAAACCUAAAUGGCCCUGAGAAUUUUUCUAAUUUUGCUAUUGUGGCCUAACUUUUAUAAUUCUCACUUUAGUGAAAAACACAGUUAGCAUUACGAAUAUUUCUUCAUUUAUUGCAUUUAUUACACAGCUGUGUUAUAUGCAUAUUCUCAACUUGUUUACAAUGUUACUGUUUCAUUUCCAGCCCUGUUUUAAAAAUACCAUUUUGUGAAGGUUCUGUCAAUGUCUUGCACAUGCUACUGGAAAAACAGGUGAUAUGUAAACACGUUAUUAUAUUUAAAGCUGUCACCCAUUUUACAUCUACACAGUUAAUAUAUUAAAAUGCACUGUAUUUCAUAGAAAUUCUCUACACUUUUUUUUUUCCCUUUUAGCUGUUAAAAUUUUAUAUUCCACCAGCCUAGAUCAAUUAAUUAGCAUAUAUGUAAAGAGUUUGUAUUAAUCAUAGUCCAUUGUUUACUGGAGACAGUCAACUUCAUAAAGCCCUCUACAUAAGUUGAACUGUUGCUUUUUCUGUGAUUUGUGUAAUAAAAGCCCUUACAAUCUACCAAAUGUACUGGGAUAUAAUUGAACUGAAUCUUCAUUUUACAUUUAGCUAGAUAUGGAGUUUUAUGUAAAUGAAUUUUGACGGGAAAAACUAUUUUGUAAACCAUGCACAUCCAAAUAUGUUCACUAUGCCCCUUCCUCUCUUUGUUUCUUUUUUAAUCACUCUCAUUCUCAGGUGACUAUUUCUCGUUCAGACUUCGAACUCCUUCUUCUCUCAAUGUGCAAUGCUGCAGAAAUGUUCUCCAAAUCUGUUAUGUUCUCGAAGCUACUUCUGAAUAUCAUGAACCGAAAUCAGAGCAUGGUAAGAAAGUGGUGUAAUAGGCAGAAAUGGAUAAUAUAAUUAAGAGUUUUACUGUCAAAGGAAUAGAAAGAGUAGGGAUGCAUAGAACAGUUAUAUUGCUAAAAUAUAACUUUUUUUAGGGAAAAUAAAUGCUAUUGUAGGGAUUAAUCCUUUUUAAAUGCAUUAUAUUAAUAAGAAUAUUGGUAUGGUUAAACAUGAAACUUCACAUUUUACCUAAAUAAAUCUGAAUAGCUAAAAUGAGAAUAGAUGGCUACUUUGGUAUGGCUGAGCUUGUCCAACUCGUCAUAGGACAGCUAUUUUAUUAUUAGUUUUUUUCAUUUAGAUCUAAUUUGCUAAAAUUUGGAGUUUAGUUAAUAAACAUGAUAGAUUCCACUGUGAUGUAUUUGAGUGGGGGUUGACUUAUAGCUGUAGGAAUGUUUGUAAAUCAUUUCAGCUAUAAGUAACUGACUACAGGGAGGUAAGGACUAUUGGACACCCUUGCAUUAUUAUCUAUACAUGGAUAAUCCAUUGUCAUAAUGUUUGAAAUGUCCCUUUAAUCUAAACUUAUGGUUAAAGGAACACUCCACACACAUAAAGCACUUCAGCUUGCCAAAAUGUUUUAGGUAUCCGUAUCAAGUUCUGAUUUUCUUUGAAAACAACAGUUUUUACAUAACUGCAGAAACGCCACUUCAGCUUUGAGCCAGACAUAUUUCUGCUAGAGUUGCCUGACUUCUCCCAUAAGUCACAAUGUCCCUGUUAGUGUGCACUCAUCCAGAGAUGCCAUUUUAGCUUUGUGUCCUUUCUAUCUAAAACUUCUUAUUGAACUGUACUACAGAAGUUUAUGAACGGGAGAGCCGCUCGCAGCUCAAAAUUCUGCACUGGGAAAAAAGGGUUUGUAAAGGCUGCAGGCAAAAGAUCUGCAGCUUUUUGCAAGCUGUUUUUAGAUAUACCAACAUAGAGACAUACUGCAAUACUCUGGUAUUUUUGCAUGUUAGAUAUACCAACAAAGAAAAAGAAAUGCAGAAAUAAUGCAUGCAUUUUUACAUUGGUAGUAUGUAUACUAAUUAGUUAUAAAUGUAUUAUUUUUUGUCCCAUGAAAGGUUAGUUUUGUUUCUUGCCACAGUAUUGUUGUUGUUUUUUUUCUUCAGAUUCUGCCUUCACACAUUGGACUUUUAGCUAAUGCAGUUAAUGCCAACCAAACAUUCAUGAAGAAGUCACUUGAAGUGGUUCUGAAAAAGCUGCGAGACACAACAUAAUUUUCUUCAAAAUAAUGUUCCAUGACAUUGCUGCAAAAUAAGUGUUAGAUAUUGAAUUGUUUCUGCUGCUACAUGUAUUAAGUAUGAUAUAAUUAAAAGUUGGUUUAAAAUGAUAAAAUAUGAAGGGAAGGGAAGCGGGGCCUGACUGCCAUGCCUGUCAGAUGUGUCCCGAAAGAGCUUGAGGCUUUAGUUUAUGUUAUUCCUGUUCUUGGGCUGCUUUCUGUCCGAUUGGCAUUCUAAGCAGAACUACAGACGCUUCUAGCCAUGGUCAAGCUCACCAUUAGCAACUUUUACUUACCCAAAGUGGACACAUUCUGGUUGACAAAUCUGAGUGAUUUGCGGCCUGGUGUGCCCUGAGGAUGGGAGAGGCGGCUGAUCUCCCACCUGGAGUGCUCUGAGCUGUACUACUCGCUGGUUGGUGCCCUGCCCUCCCCCCCUCGCCCUUUGGACCAGUGUGGGUGAUCCCGGUCUACACCUUGGAGGCUCUCCCACUACACUAAGAGCGUGUUGCAAUGCUGCUAGAAAAGGCUAUAGCGUGACACACAACAUGGCAGACGCCACAUGUUUCAUCAACCCCUGCGGUGUGAAGUCAAAUGUGGUGACCAAAUUGUAUAAGCUCUCCUACUCCUUUUGGGCAAAGCUGGCUGCCGGCAUGCGACCUGCGGCUACAGAUAUCCUGACCGACAACAUGCCUCAGAGUAAGAUUUAGAAGAGGACCAUGGUUAACUCUCCUGAGCAGACCCUACUUAUGUGACGGCACCAGACGAGGCCCAUGCUGGUGAUAGCUGUGCAUAGUUCCCCAAGGAGCAGUGUCCUGAGGUCUAGCUUGGAAAUACAAAGGGAACUAAGAGCAACUCUGCCGACAUCACCAGGCAUACCCUAUCUCCAUGAAGAGAUCCUAAGCCUACUUACCAGUUGGAUAAUAUGCCUGACAGUGGACUUUGCUACCUGGUUACAGUAGCCCUGUAGACUGGGCAUCGGCUAGUUAUGAGAUGGUGCUGCUGUCUGGUAUCUUGGAUGCCGUAGGAGCUAUUAGUCGUGAUACCAUGCGAGCAGUGUGGUGAUCCCUGAAUUUAACAUUUUUUAGCUACACAUUUUAAACCACUCCUAUUCCUAGCCUGUUGAUCUUCAUAUAGCUGUUAAUUUCCCUUAUAUUUUUCUUUGUUUUUAUAUUGCCAGUGCUCUGCACUGUUCUGGUCUUGCACAUAACCCUCACAGAGCUCUCUGGGGUGGAAUCGUUACUAGAAGUUCAGCAUGUUUUCUCUCAUUUUAUGUUAUAAUUUAAAAAUGUGUAGCCAUGCAACUGUCUUUCUAUGUCUUGAAAUAUGUGCUAUAGUUGUUGUGGCAUAGCAAGCCUCUUUGUAUUCUUUAUGCACAGCAAAAAUAAAGAAUAAUACAAAAAUGAAGGUAACCCUCUCUCUCUCGCUUUGUAAUGUUAGUAAGGAGUGUAACCACAGUUGAGUUUGAUAUAUCAGUCACUGGGUCUGCUACCUUACACUUAUUGUUUUUUUAUGUGUGCCAUUGAAAUAACUCUGUAUACAUAUGAAAAUAAUUUUUUUGUGAAAAUGUUUCUAGAAACAGAAUGGCAAAAUGUAACUUUUUUUUUUUUUUUUUAAAUAAAUGUGGUUACAAG